CUGGUGGUGCCUCUCCAGGGUUUCAGGCAGGAGGUUUCCAACCCGGUGUCCUCCAGAAGUGUUGGACUACAACUCCCAGCAUGCUUCAGUCUACUGCAACUUAAAAUUUGCCUACGCAUAAAGCUUGCCAGUUUCAAAAAGUGUGUCUUUCUUUAAGGCUUUUGUGGCUUAUAUUGAAGGAAGCAGAUCCUCAACAAGGAUGUGUAAUCAAGCAGCAAUGAUAAAUAGGAAUAUAUUCCAUGUGUUUUUCAUCGUUUUCCUGAAAAUGGAAACCUCUGGAGAAGAAACGGCGGAGGAAGCCCGGGGAGUCCUGGGAGGCUCUGUCACUUUCCAGCUGAAGCCUGCAGAACAAUUUAGAGGCAUUUUCUGGCUUACAAAUAGUAGAAGCGACAGUUUUGAUACUUUUGCUGUUCUGUCACCCAGAAAGCCAUGCGAACUCCAGCUGCUCCUCCCAACAUUUCUUGGGCGACUGAAUGUCUCUGAGGACUGCAAGAGGUUACAAGUCAGUCACCUAGUUCAAGACGACUCAGGCACAUACAGGGCACAAAUACAGAGAAGUCCAGAAGAAGAACCAUUAAGGGUGACCUUUGGCCUGCAGGUUUAUAAGCUUUUGACUGAGGCGGACCUGACCGUCCGCUGUGACAGAGGUGGGAAUGGAACUCUGCUGCAGCUGAACUGCUCCACAGGGCCCUUGGAAGACGGCGUGGAAUUCAGCUGGAACUCAAUCAGCGAGGGUGACCUCAGCUCCUCCGGGAGAUCCCUUUCCAUCUGGUACAACUCAGAGGACCCCGAUCGGAACAUCACCUGCACAGCACAGAACCCUGUUGGCAGCGCAUCCAAGACAGUGUCCUUGAAGCAAUGUUGGAAUGGUAGGGCUCAAGCUGAGCAGCCAGUGAAGACACCUGAGACGCAGCCCACCCCGGACAACGGAAUGAAUUCCGGACAUUUGUCAGAGGCAACGAUCGCGGGAAUUGCAAUUUCUGCAACAGCUGCAAUAAUAACUGGAAUCGUUGCAAUUGCUCUCUGUCUGCGGCAGAAGAAAAAAGGAGGGGCCCACGUGAGCAACCAGGGUUCUGCAGGCAAUUCAGAGCCCAAAGACUGCACGACUGUUUAUGCCCUAGUUGGAAAUGCUUCUGAGCCUACAAGUACACAGAAAACCAAACAGCGAAGGGAACCCACAAAGCUAAACAAGGAUUUGUCCCAUACCGUCUACACUGCUGUGCAUCUUCCGAAACCGAAUUCUUUGGAAACAGAUGAUGAGAAGAUGCAGAAGGAAGGACAGGGAGGAGCCAUGAAGGACAGCGACAAAACCGUUUACUCAGAGAUCAAGUUGCAAGAGAACGAAGAUGAGCACAUCAAGACAGUCUAUGAAACGGUGAACUGCCCAAAACUUCCCAAAGCUCAAGAAUACAAUGACAUUAUUUAGCGGCGCCCUGGACCACGAAAGGAUGGACGACAAUGCCUGAGGAGCACGAAAACCCAAUGUUCGCUCCUUCUGCCAAAACAGAGCAGGAGAGGCGCUUGCAGCUAUUGAGACCUGCAGUUCUCCCUCCCAAAGACAUGCAACAAGCGUUCAGGUACUCUUCCACUCCAGGUGGUCCCAAUCUGGGCGGGGAGGACGCCAGAUGUUAGUAGCCAUGAAAUGCUGCUUUUCCACGAGAUGCUUCCACACAGCUGGGCGCUGCAUCUGAAUGGCGCAACCACAUAGCUGGGGCUGAUCCUGUGAGCACGUGGCCAUGAAAUGGGCACCUUCCCGGGAGACGACCAGCCCGCGUGCUUGCAACGUUCAGACGCAGCCCUCACCCGUGUGCUGCGCUGGAUUGCCUCACAGAGAAACAGGCUGCGUCUGGUCACAGCCACGUCUGGAGAGUGGAGGCAAAAUCUGCCCUUGAGAUAGCCCUGGGGGCUGUUGUCCUUCAUCCUCGCGUGCUCAGUCCGCACAAACAUUUUCCAGAUUUCCCCCCCCCCCCUUGCGAUGAGAACAACCCUAGCGGAUCACUUGAGCUUUAUCACACCAGUGUUAUACUGUGCAAUCACUGUGAAUUACGUGCAAAGGACUCCGAAGUUUUCCAGCUUAUAAUCUGCUUUGAUUGUGAAGUACUCCCAUGCACCCUGCUUUAAUUGUGCUUCAAAGGCAAAAGCCUCGCCGUAUUUUGCUACUAGUUUUCGAGCGUAUCAUUUGUUGUUUUCCGAGUGGCCACUGGGGUGCAGGAGCAGGAUUUGAAGAAAAAUUAAACAAAUGCUUACGUCUGCGUAAGCUUUAAAGAUAAAGACAUCAAAAUUGGCACAGUAAUAGUUAUUAAGGAGAGCUUUAAGCAUACCAAAUUUGAAUCGGAUUGGAUCAUCCGUUGAUUUUUUAUGAUUUUUUUUACCUUUCUCCCCUUAAACCCAUUUCCUGGUAUGCAAAGGAUCUAGCCACCUAGUAGCAACAACAAUAACGGUGACAGCUUUGCGCUCUAGGUGGUAAUUCGAGGGAAACAGGUACAUGGGAUGAAGUUCCCUAUCGAUGGAGCACAUUCAUUCAAGACCCACAUCACCAAACCCUUGGAAAAGAUCUAAAGGUGGGAUGAACGAGGCGGAGAUUUAAGCAAACAACACAAUUCCACGGGUGUUCCCCUCCCCACAGUUGCAAAUAGCGGUGCAGGUCCAGGAGGGAGGGCUAACCCACUGGAGCAAAUCUCAGCUCGUGGAGGAGGGUGGGGAGCGAUUUUCAUCAGCACUGUAGCAAGGGAGAAAAGGUAAAACUCCCCGCUCAGCCCCAUAACCAGCAGCCCCAAGCCAAAUCCUUCAGGUGCUAUUUGAAGUCAGAACCAUAUUCAUAGAAUAUGAGCAUCACGUGCGCAGUUUGGAGACAGACAGAACUCAUCAGGUCAAAACUAGGAACAUGAGAAAUUUGCCCCGUGAGUCUCAUUGACGCCGCUGCCUUCCUGCAGACCGUCGUCAUGCGCUGUUUUGAUGUGAUGCUAUACUACUUCCAUCACAUGCUCCGAGCACUGAACCACAAAGGCAGCUGAACCAUAACAGCAGCGGCACCGUAAGAGCAAGUGUGCGGCAUUCACAAGGCAGAACUGAACCAUUGCCUAUGCACUCUGCUCUCUGCACUUGGUGUCAGCGCACACUUGCACAUCACGUCACGCUUGCACGUCCAGCCUCUGCUUUUCCCUCCAAGGAUCCUCUUGGAUCCGAAAUCUUACUACUUGUUCAGCAGGAUCUGUAUUCACAACAGGCAAUUAACGCGUUUUGCACUGGAAAUAGAAAUGCUCAGAGCAGGUGCUCUUAUCUUGGAACCGCUUGGAAGAAUUCACCCAGUCAUACUUAGCUUCCUCUGCCAUUUCUCCGGAACUAAAAUAGCGAGUCUGUUACAUGGAUUUUAUACUGUGUUGUGUGUUUUUUUGCCACCCUUCCCCAACCCGGUGCUAUCCAGAUAUGUUAAUUUUACUAAAAUACUGUAAAAAUAAUAAUAAUCCAGAUUCAUCACAAACGGUCGAACAAGACUUUAGCCAGGUAGGUACCGCAAAAGCAAUGAAAUGCUGCCAAGUAACCAAAUGAGUGUUUGUGAUGGCUUUCAUUUGUCUCUAUACCUUUUGAAGACCUUACAGUAAAAAACAAAUUUUUGUAUACUUUUAAUGUUUACUAUUUUUAAUUGUUGUAAACCGCCCAGAGAGCUUCGGCUGGGGGGCGGUAUAUAAAUGUAAUAAAAUAAAUAAAUAAAUACUCCUCCAGCCCUAUAAUUAGAGUAAAGAGGGCACCUGGGACAGCAGGUGCUGGAGGGUGGGGCCAGGCGGCCUGCCCUGCAUCCCCUAAGCUAUUGUGCUGCCCGCCGGGGCCAUGAAGGAACUUUGCCCGGGGCCACUCCUGAUUCAGCUGUCAGCCCAGUCUCUACACGUGCUUGCGAGCAGUGGCUGUUUGGAAUACCUUUUCCAUGGGCUUCCUUUGAAUAUUUGGACUCAUACCGUAUAUUGUGGGGAGUGACAUCUGAUUUCGUUUAAUUUUUGGAACUUUUAAGUCAGCCCCGGGAGAAAAUUACCCACGGUACUAAUCAGCUUGGCAAACUGGCCAUUGAGGAAGACCAAGGGUCGAAACGCAUCUGGCCAAAUGGAUCAAGUUUACUGAGCGCUUUCUGCCCAGCAUUCUGAUUGUCUUGUUGUAUUAUUGUACUUGUGAAAUGCUCUGUGUAUGUUGUUUUUAACAUUAUAUUUUAUUAUAUAAAAUUGCAUUUUUUUUACCUGUU